AUGAAGCGCAUCCUGCCAAAGGGCCUGAUUCGGCGCUCGACGACGGGUUCCGGCGCGAGCAGCCCCGACCAAAACGAUCAGUCGCCGGAGGGCAUUUUGCUCCGAGAAUUGACCACUUUCUGCGAAGUGAGCAACAGCCCACAGAAUACGCAAGGAAAUGAGUUCGUUCAUCUCCCUCUCAUCGUUGAGAGCGCCGAGUCGAGCCCCGCCGCCGCCAAAGAGGCUGCCGUGCGCAUUCGCAAAUACCUCUCAACCCCAAUCCAGACCCCGAGCCAUGUCCAGUACAAUGCGAUCAUGUUGAUGCGCAUCCUCACCGACAACCCUGGUCACAGCUUCACCAAGUACUUUGACAGCAAGUUCGUCUCAACAAUCAAGGAGCUCUUGCGGAACGGGCGCGAUUGGCAUGUGCAGCAUUACCUGCGCCAGUUUCUGCAUGGCCUCGAAACUAGCAAGGCAAUGGACGAGGAUUUGCAACCGCUACUGGCGAUGUGGGCAAAGGAGAAAGCCAAGAGCCAACCCCAAUUUACCACCCCAUACCCUCCCAACUCCAUGGCACCAAUGCCGCCGCAACGACCCCAAGCUCGCCCACCACGACACCAGCUUCCAGACCCUGGUGAACUGGCUGCACGCAUUGAGGAAGCGAGAAACUCGGCGAAACUUCUCACCCAAUUUGUCCAGACCACCCCGCCAGUGGAGAUGGAAGGAAAUGAAUUGAUCAAGGAGUUUGUGGACCGUUGCCAGACCUCGUCCCGCCUCCUCCAGAGUUAUAUUCACUGCAACAACCCGCCGCCAGAUGAAGCUACCCUCCUCACUUUAAUUGAGGCCAACGACGAGAUUUCCGUCGCCAUCUCUGGACAGCAACGCGGCUUGUUAAAAGCGCGCAAAGCUCGCGGCUCGGCAACCACAUCUCCUGUUUCCCCUGCCUCUUCCAACGACGCGACUUCGGCCACGCUCAACCGUCCUUUUUCGUCGGAAAUCCCUCAAGAGCCUCAGGGCCCAGAGUACACAACCGCCCGACUAAGUGAACUCCCGGCUCCGGCUGCAACCAUGUCGGGUGGUGCUCGCUCGGAAACGAACACAAACCAAAACACUACUAUACCGAGAUCCAACACCGAGCGGUCCGAAUACAAUUCGGCUGAUUUCGAAGUGCAGAAUCCCUUCGCCGACGACUUUGCCACGCACGAUUCUGAUAACGAGCGAAACCACGCUCCGGGUGCGGCGGCGCAGGGCAGCCGUGUGCACGUCUCAACUGCAGAGCAAGGGCGUUGA